UAAAAAAAUAAAAAAUAAAAAUAAAAUGUUGUUGUGAAUAAUAAUCACGUUUUGCUCUGGUCUCAUCCUUCAGAGUGGAACCCUAAAGCUACAGGUCUCCUUCCUCCGUCCACCAUCGCAUCAAGUCGCAGCUUCAUAGCAGCACCGCACCGCACCGCACCAGGUCUUCUUUUUUUCUUUCAUGGCGGAGGAAAUUACUUCUCAAUUAAAAAAAAAUUUGCUAGAUGAAGAAAAUGGAACAUCAAGUCAUGUUGUAGAAGGGGCUGCUGAUGCUGAUGCUGAUGCUGAUGCUGAGCUUUCUCCACCAUCACAAAAAGGAGAUGACGCUAAAGAAGUUUCAAAGAAGAAAAAGAAGAAAUCUAAAAGCAAGAAAAAGAAAGAACUCUUACAACAGACUGAUCCACCAUCAAUUUCUGUUAUUAACCUUUUCCCAUCUGGAGAUUUUCCUGAAGGUGAAAUUCAGCAGUACAAAGACGAUAACCUAUGGAGAACUACUUCAGAGGAGAAGAGAGAACUGGAGCGCCUGCAGAAACCAUUAUAUAAUUCAGUUCGUCGAGCGGCAGAAGUUCAUCGUCAGGUUCGCAAAUAUAUUAAAGGCAUUUUAAAGCCCGGAAUGUUGAUGACUGACAUAUGUGAAACAUUGGAGAACACUGUUCGUAAGCUAAUAUCAGAGGAUGGCCUUCAAGCAGGCAUUGCAUUCCCCACAGGAUGCUCUUUAAAUUGGGUUGCUGCUCACUGGACCCCAAAUUCAGGGGAUAAGACUAUACUUCAGUAUGAUGAUGUGAUGAAAUUGGAUUUUGGUACCCAUGUUGAUGGAUAUAUAGUUGACUGUGCUUUUACCGUGGCAUUCAACCCCAUGUUUGAUCCACUGCUUGAAGCCUCUCGUGAAGCAACCAAUACGGGUAUUAAGGAAGCUGGAAUCGAUGUGCGCCUUUGUGACAUUGGUGCCGCAAUUCAAGAGGUCAUGGAAUCUUAUGAAGUUGAGAUUAAUGGGAAGGUGUAUCAAGUUAAGAGUAUACGGAAUUUGAAUGGACAUAGCAUUGGUCGCUACCAAAUCCAUGCUGGAAAAUCUGUUCCCAUUGUGAAGGGUGGGGAGCAGACAAAGAUGGAAGAGGGUGAAUUUUUUGCUAUUGAAACCUUUGCAUCAACGGGGAAAGGAUAUGUACGAGAAGACCUGGAAUGCAGCCACUACAUGAAAAAUUUUGAUGUUGGUCAUAUCCCACUGAGAUUGCCUAGAGCGAAGCAACUGUUAGCAACUAUUAACAAGAACUUCUCUACUUUGGCCUUUUGUAGGCGGUAUUUAGAUCGCCUAGGGGAGACUAAAUACUUAAUGGCAUUAAAGAACUUGUGUGACUCUGGCAUUGUUCAGCCUUAUCCUCCUCUAUGUGAUGUGAAAGGAAGCUAUGUAUCACAAUUCGAGCAUACAAUCUUACUCCGACCAACAUGCAAAGAAGUUAUAUCAAAGGGUGACGAUUACUAAUGUGGAUUUGAAGUUUUUUUGCUUUGUUUUAUAUAUAUAUAUAUAUAUAUAUAUAUAUUUAAUACUCACUGUACCAUUAUCUUUGUGAACUGUUUUCAUUAUACCAUCAACACUUCGGUUUUAUAUAUGUGCCUAUGGAGGACGCCAUUACUAGUUUAAUAAUUGGAUAUUUCCCCAAUAGAUAAA